GCGUCCUUCGGCAGUCGCCGAUGUGUAACGCAUGGUUUGUUACUCCACCGCAUUUUGACAUGGAUAUAAGUUGACGAGUGUUUGUGUGAAAGCGAGGGUGGUUGAUUUUUGGAGUCGGCUAAGCAAUGGUUACUAGGUCCAGCAAUUUCAUAAAAACUCCACCGAGUUCAAGAGGUAAUAGUCCCUCAAGAACAUCAAAUAACAAAAACAACAGGCCUAGUCCCUCCCAGUCUCCAAAUAGCAGACUACCACUGAGGGCUUCUCCAAGAAAAGCAUUUGGAAGCCCUGAUCGGAAAAAUAAGGUUUCUCCAGAAAUUAGGUCCAUCAAAUCGAGAGGAAAUAGUCCAGCAAGAAGUAAUGGGGAAUUUUCCCUUCCAGGAUCUAGAGGUAGUGAAUAUGGAAGUAUUGAAAGACUAGAUGAUGACAAUAAUCUGCGAAGAAUUAUCACUAGUUUUAACCAGGAUGAGGAUAAUAUAAAUGUUGUAGUGAGGGUUCGGCCAAUCAGUGAGAAGGAAAAGAGAGGAAAUGAUAAAAAUGUCAUCCAGUUUCCCGGUAAUGGGCAAAUUCUGGUUGACAACGAGGAAAAUGGAUCAGGAGGGGGAUCAAAAUCGAAACUUUUCUCUUAUAAUGUUGUUUUUGAACCGGCCGCGACUCAAGAAGAUGUGCUUCAGUUUUCAGGGAUGAAAAGAUUAAUUGAAAUGUCUUUAGAAGGCUUCCGAUGUACAUGCUUUUGUUAUGGCCAAACAGGCAGUGGAAAAACUUACACACUGACGGGUCCACCCGGACUAUUUGGACUCAAACCUUCCCCGUAUAGUGAUAAACAUGGAUUAAUUUUCAGAUCGUUUUUAUAUUUAUUUCAAUUGAUAAAAGAGAAAUCUGACGUCCAUUUCAUUCUCAAAGCAAGUUACCUGGAAAUUUAUAACGAGAAGGUGAUCGACCUAUUGAAUCCAGGUAGUAGCAGAAAACCAUUGGCUGUGAGAUGGAGUAAAAAAGCAAGAGGUUUUUUCGUUGAGAACCUUUUCACCGUUGACUGCGAAGAACUGGACGACUUGACAGCCGUUUUGGAAGAAGGCCUCAGAAAUAGAUCUGUUGGGAAACAUAAUAUGAAUGAUUUCUCCAGCCGAAGUCACACAAUUCUGACUGUUUACAUUUCAUCCGAACAACCCGCAGAAAAUGGUGUCUUCUUGUCAAGAUCCGGAAAAAUUCAUUUUGUGGAUUUAGCUGGAAGUGAGAUGACCAAGAAAACUCAAAGUCGAGGGAAAACCCUGGAAGAGGCUAACAAUAUCAACAAGAGUUUGAUGGUUUUAGGAUAUUGUAUAUCAUCUUUGAGUGAUCAAAAAAGGAAAACUAAGCACAUUCCCUAUCGAGAUUCCAAACUGACUAAACUUUUGGCUGAUUCAUUAGCGGGAAAUGGAGUAACUUUGAUGAUUGCUUGUAUAUCACCUGCAAGGUGUAACAGAAAUGAAACCAUAAACACGCUACGAUAUGCAGCUAGAGCGAAAAAAAUUAGAACAAAACCGAUCGUACUGAUGGAUCCACGCGAAGCCUUGAUACUGAGCUUGAAACGGGAGGUCAGCGUUCUGCAAAAUGAAAAUGAACAUUUACGGUCUGCUCUACUAGUAUAUUCCAGAGCACCUGGAUCUGCGUACAGUGGAGAUUCGGAAACUGAACGCAGAAGAAUAGCUACGCCACCGCACGUAGAAGUCGAGAAAUUGCAGGAACUAGACACUCCCCAGUUGGUGGAGCUAUUGAAACUUUACAUAACUGAAAACGAGUUGCUCAAAAAAGAUAAUUACGAUCUCUUCUCGUCCAGAGAAAUGCUACAAAGAGAUCACGAGAUGGUGUGUCGAGAAAACGAAAGAUUACUCAAGAAGGUGGAAGAGGUCAAUGAGAUCUGUUGCAGGUCGCCUCUGAUUGCCGCCAGACCAGCUUUUUCGGCUGAAAUGUUGAAUACUACUAGCGAUUCCGAUGUUGUCAGCAAUAUUUGGACUAAUCCAAUGGAUACCAAAAAGGACGAUUCAAAUCGAAUUCCUGCUUCCAUAGAGAAAGAAUUGGAGAAGCGACAAAUCGGAAAAAUGACACCUCUGCGACGUCAUAGAUCGUGGGAUGACAAACCUAAAUCAGCUGGUAUUAAUAGGACCAAGAGUCAUGAAUUGCCCAGUCCUACCAAUAAAAAAAAUUCUUCAAGAAAAGGGAAGCCCAUAGAAGUAGAUCGAAGAUUUUCUAUAGCAAAUGAGAAGAAUGGCAAUCUGUUGAAUGCCUCUAAGAAAAUGGAUAUUUUCGGAAGUGUAAUUUCUCUCACUGAUGAAGAUGGGUAGAACUUAUCCAUAUCUCACUAUGCCUUGGGAAAAUGUUUCGUAGAAUAUAAACAAAAAUCUAUCAAGUCGUAUUUAGAGUUACCAAUUCUUCGAGGACAAUUGCAGCAAUUAUUAAAUAAAGCCGAAAUUAUCCAACAAAUAUUUAUUCAGCUAAGUGUACUGCUGAAAAAAAAAUUGUCAUAAUUUCCCGGAUAAUCUCGCAUUGUGAAACUAUUAUUAGGAAUAGG